AUUAAAUUUCCCUUCUUAUACUUUCUCAACUUCUCACCUACAACAGUGGCUGCACCCGUUCUCAUUAUCCAAGGACAGCUUUUUCAAUUUUUGUUUAAAAUAUCGACGUUCUAUGUUCAAAUGUUUUCUGAUUAUAAACAAUGAUAAGAAAUGUACUAGUUGAUAAUCAGUAGAGUUUCGGGCGUUUUGGCUGAAAUUCAUUCAGUUGUUUUAUUUUCGGUCGAAAUAUUUUACUGCUUUGGUAAAUAUUUUCUUAUAAUUUCACGUACGGCUUAAAUACUGUAUGUUGAAAUAUUUUCGGCUUAAAUACGGUUCGGUUGUUUCAUAGAUCAUCUAUAGAUAAAUAAUACCGCUACAUAGUUCACUGCUAAUCGUUAUCGAAUUUCUUAUAUUUCUUUAUAUAUCUAUGCAUUUCUUUGAUAUUGAAGUAACCACUAAUUGAUCAUGAUUGUUACAAACUCAAGAUAACGAUAAUAUUAUCAAUAAACCUGUUAAAAAAAAAAAAAAAUGAUCAUUUCAGUAAUACCAAAAAUUCGUUAGAAAAUAACUAACCUAUUGACGGUUAAUAUGUAUUAUUAUUUGAAACAAUAAUAUGUAUUUUCGUGUGACGGUGUUAUUCAUUUAAAUUCAAUGAAUUUACUGAUAUUAUAGAUACUUAAUAAUGCUGAAAAAUUCCUCGAAUCUACGAUGUUAUCCGUUGGGAUCGAUCGUUAUCACUUAUUAUCUUACCACAACGGUCUUUAUCAUCCCGACGAUUUAACUAUAAUUGAUUUUAUACUUAACGUUUUGGUAAUAUUGUUAAUUAAAUUAAUACAUUUUUACUAAACUCUCAAGAACUCGCGGUGUUUGAAAAUGGCAGGGAAUUUUUGGCAGAGUUCGCACUAGUAAGUAUACCGCCUAUGUCCUAACAUUGUUAUAGUCUACCUACGUGUGAAAUACGUUCAUCGUUUUUAUUGAAUGAACGAGAUAUAUAUAUAUAUAUAGUUUAGUAAUUCCAACGUUCGUUUCCUAAACCAAUCAAAUAUAACUCAGAUACUAGAUUAAAUAUCAUCUAUAUUAUAUUAUACUUAUUUUAGACGUUUGCAAAUGGUACUAGAAAACCAGUAUCUUGUACUUUGAUACUAAUUUUUUUUUUAACAACUAUACAAUUAAAAAUUGGUAUAUUAUGUGUAUUUGUGUUUCCUACAAUAAAAAUAAAUCAAUUAUAGGUACAAAUUUAGUGAAUGUCCAAAUUGGCGUUAUUAAUCCAAAUUAGCUAGAUUCCUAUAUGUAUUGAGGUUAUUAAUGGUUAAAAUCAUAGAUCUAUUUUCAUUUUUACUCUAAAAAAGUAUUAUUUUCAAAGGAACUGAUAAACAGCAACCCAAUUGUAAUACUAGUUAGUUUUUAUUUGAAUUCUUAAAAACAAAACUAAAAAAAAAAUAAAAAAUUAUUUAUGUAAAUAAUAUUUACAUAUUUUUAUGUCCAAUUGGUUGCCACCAAUUUCAAAAAGUUUCAUUUUGGGUUACAAUUCAAUGGCAUUGCAUUAGUGUUUUGGCAAGUCGCUUUGAUGAGAAUUAAAUUUAAUAUUAAUUUCAAUCGCACGCAACUUAUAGUUUAACCAACAUUGUAUUAAAAUAAUAAAUAUAUGUUAAACAACUAUCGUUUAUUCAUUUUGUUUUUUUUAUAUAUACCUAAUAUUUUUGGUACUUGUUUGUUAAUGCCUUGUCAAAUGUUUAUACCCUGCCACCCUUGUUUGUUAUCACUCCCACACUAACCAGUUAUAUUUAAUUAUAUUGAUCAUGUUAAAAAUAAAUACAUAAUUAAUCUAGGAGUAUGGUUUUACUAAAAAUAAAUUGCAAGUCAUAUAUAAUAGUAGAGCAGUCAAAAUGUUUUACAAUAAUUAUAAAUAAUAAAAAUGCAGACAUACUUCAUAUUAGGAAGUAACAACUUGGUAGGUGGCAAGUUGAGAAGCUAGAAGGUAUAAUGUACUGGGUAAUUUAAUUUAUGUUUGUAUGCAUCGAUAAGUCAUUGCUAAAAAAGGAUGAUGGGUGAAAUUUGUUUAAACAUGUUUUAAUCAAUUCAAAUUAGAGUUGGUAACACAGGCGUGCACAGACCUUAAUGGUGGGGGGGGGCAAAACUUAUGUUUUCUCAUCAUCACAAAAACCAAGUAGGUUAAUCUAAUAUUAAAUAUUUAUAUUAUGUAUAGUGUAUUUAAUAGGUAGAUACCUAUAAUAAUACAAAUAUCAUACUUUGCUUUAUACUUAUAUUUUCAUAAUUAAUCACAAAAUAAUACAUUGUUAUUAUUUAUUAAUAUACAAAAAAAAUGAUUAAUAAUAAUGAACUGGAUCAUUUAAUGUCAUAGAUUCGUGGUUAAAUGUUAUAUUUAUAUCGGUCACGAGGUCUCGAACACGAUUACCUAAAUAAUGACUACCUGAAUAAAUGUAGUAAUAUACUAGUUUAUUUCAAAAAAAAUUCAGCCCGCAGAGGGGGAAGUUCAGCUGCCCACCCUUCCCCACGUGUGCACUUCUAUGGUUUCUAAUAUAAGUUUAUAAGAUGUUUUAUAUGUAACAUGUAAUACUUAUAUUCUCCUAUAUUCUCUUAAAAAUUAGUAAAACAUACAAAAAUAAUCAAUUUACAUCAUAUAAUAUGUGUUUUUUUAUUUUUUACUUAUCAAAAUAUAUAUGUAUACAUAUAAUGGUGGUUAAAUGUUUUGAAUAUAAAAUUUUUUUCUGGGUCAUUAAAAUUAAAAUUAAUAUUAAUAAUAAUUUAAAAUUACAAUAAAUUAGAAUCGUUUUCUAAUAAUUUACAAAAUAUUUCAAAAUAUGCUAAAUAUAUUAAAUAUUCUCUAAUGAGAAAAAAAAAACUUUUACCUGUGAACUUUGUGUUUUGAAUUAAUCCACAUUUUUUACUCUCAUAAGACUGCAUAUUAUACUCGAUCACAAUUGAAUAUGUAAACACAUGAAAAUUCAGAUUCUAAUUAUAAUAAUACAAUAUUAUUAUUAUUAUUAUUAUUAUUCAAUAGUAAUUCAAUUAUAUACAAUUCACUAUUUUGAUUUUACCUAAUAUCUAUCACCAUUUUUUUAUUAUCUUUUUUAGUAAUAUGUACCUAAUAUUUUAUUAGUGUUUCUAAUUCUGUAUUAAUAUUAAAUUGUUUACUGUUUAUAUAUAUUUGAGUUCAAUCUGAAAUAGAUUAAUAAAAAUAAAUAAUUAAAUAAAAACACUUCAUUGUAAAAACAAUACCAUCUUAGUGAAUUUAUGAAUUUAAAAUAAAAAUAAAACAAAUGCAUUUUUUGUUGUUAUUAGUUUCUGAGUGUAGCGAGGGAACCAUUGGUUUUACAAUGCUGUUUAUAUCUUUGUUCUAGUCUGUGGACACGUUUUUUCCUAGUAAACUUGAUUUUGAAACUCCGAUUUUUACGUGUAACAACUUUUAUGAAAUCUCACGUUGUCUAGAUUGAACAUUAAGUAGGGUAUUUUUUUGAUUUUCGAUUUUUAAAUAAAAGCACUUAAUGGGGAAAAAAAGUAGGAAAACGUACAAUUUAAAAACUUCAUUAUUUUAUAAAAACACGGAUGACGUUUUCUACCCGAAAAAAUGAUUUAAUCGAAAAAUCACAAGACACCUUUUUGAUUUAAUUUCUUACGGUAACAUGGCCAAAAUGUUUCAACCACUUUUGAGCUUUUAAGAAAUUUUAAUUUUUGGGAGUUAGAGGCUUGAAAUGUGGUAAUAAUACUUAUAUUAGAUUUACUUAGACGCGAUAAAAUUUCCAAAAUCACCGGACGAGUAUUUUUUUUUUUAAUAAGCGUUUUGAAAUCAAUUUUAAAUGAAAAUCUCAAAAAAUAUGUAUUACUGAACUGCACUCUGAAUAGUUUUUCGUAAAGAAAUAGUUUAUCGUUGCUUACAGAUAUAAAUUAAAUAAUCUUAUGUAUUCUACCUUCCCAACUUCUCACUUACAACAGCGUCUGAUCCCAUCCCUAAUAUUAGCCCUUUUUUAAAAAUUUAAAGUAUUAAUGCAAUUAUUUUUAUUAUAUUGUUUUUAAAAAAUAUAAGUUUGAUUUAAUAAUUAUAGUUAAAAUUAAAAUAAUAAAUUAAAGAAAAAUUGAUUAAUCUAUAUUAAAUGUAUCAAUAAUUAUAUACCUAACAAAUUGUAUUUAAUUGUUGCUAUUCAGUGAAACCAUAUUAAUUUAGAGCUGAUACUGAGAAUGAGUGUGGUCAAUGUUGUAGGUGAUUAGUUGGGAAGGUAGGAUCGAUAAAGUUAAAUUUAUACCAAUAACUAACAAUAAAUCCAUGAAAAAUGAUUUGUUAGAAAACAAAUUUAAAAAAAGGAAUGCUAGCACUUUAAAUUUAUCAGCUAAAAUUACCAAGGAAAUCAAAAAAUGAGUUUUUUGGUAGAAAGGUUGCUUACAGACACACACACACACACACAUACAUAAAAAAAAAAAACAGGUAAAACUAACAAAUCUUUCUCUAUAUAUCUUCUAUAUAUAUUUCUCUAUCUAAAAUAUAAAAACUUGUAUACAGGAUAAAACUUAUAAAACCAAGUAGUUUUAUACAUACAAUUCAAUAAACUCCUAAUUUAAAUUUUAAAUCAUAUUAGUUUCGCGAUUUCAAAAUAAAUUAUAAUAGUUAGUAUUGGUUUACAGUGGUGCAUAGAGGAAUUUUGACAGCCCACGCAGUUAACAAAAGUAUAUCCACCCAUCUAGUACCUAGCAAAAAAAUUCAAAAAACAAGUCGUCCCUUUUUUCUAAACUUCCAAUCAAAUUGAUAAUGAAAAAAAAAUAUAUCAUUGAUUUUUGUUUUUACUUUGCAGUGUCCAAAGACUAGGACUAUCUUGCUACAACAAUAACUUAUCUAAAAAUUACACCUUCCUAGUUUUUAGUCAUUAUAUUGAAUACCUAUGUUACUUGUUCAACUUAAUUAAACAAUUUAUAACAUUAUGAACAAUCAGGAACUUUUAUUUUGUACAUAAUUUUUCAAUAUAUUUGUAUAAAUGUCUCAAUAUAUAAAGCAUUUAUGCAAUUUCUUACCUUUAUCUUAUUAUUGUAAUUUUUAAUAUUAAUACUAUAUCGAUUAUAUGAGAUAAUAUUGUUAAUCACAACCCACAAUUCAUUAAAUUAAUUUAUAUUUAUAAACAAUUUUACUUUAAGUACAGCUUUCUAAAAUAAAUAAUGUCCAAAGAACUAUGUAACUUAAUUUCCCAUUAAGUGACUAAAAAUAACAUAAAGUUUAAAUAAGUGAUCUAAUUAUAGGUAGUUCUGUUAUUUAUUUUAUAUAAAUAAACAAACUUACUACAUUUAAGUUUUUUUAAUUUUUAAAACCUAUCUUUUUUAGAUUCUGAAUGGAGGGAAAAGCUUAUGGUUGUACAAAGAUUUUUUUUUCUGUGGACAAUUUUUCUAUCAGAGUUUAUGCUCCGAUUUUUUGAUGUAGCACCUUUUCUGAAAGAAAAUUAGUAUGGGAGAUACUUUAGAGGUUUUUUUUUCCAGAAAACGUGAAAAACAUGGGAAAACCAAGAAAACAAAUAUUAUUAAAGAAAAUAUGUAAUGCCUAUUUAAAUAUUUUACCAUAAUAAGACAUAUAUAUAUAGUUGAAAAACCAUUAUUAACUGAACACCGCUUAGAAUCAUUUUUUUUUUGUAAGAAAUGGUUUAUCCCCUAUUAUCCUAGGACACCUUUUUUUUUAUUUUUUUUUUUUUUACAAUUACCAUGGUGAUUAUAAUAAAUUAAUAUCAUAUCAUUAUAUCAAACUUGUAAUAUUAUGUAGUUAUAGGUUUGUGCUUUUCUUGUUCUGUGUGAACAAUUAAUGUUUAAUACUUUAUCUAGUGUGCUACUCUAAUGAAUUACUUUUAUAUAAAUAUAAAGUAUAAUUAGAAUAAAUAAUUUUAAUUUGAAUGCUGAAAACACAAUACAUUGCUACCCACCAACCCCAAGUUGUGACUAAUAUACACCACUGCUUGUUGUUUAGUUUUUCACUUUUUUGGAACCGAAAAAUUUUAUUCAUUUAGUAUUUGGUAAAAAUUUCAGGGCUUUAUGAUUAUUUACAACAAAAACCAAUUAGUAAAUAAAAUAAAUUAUUAUUACACAAAUAAAUAGGGUUUUCUUGAGUUCUCCUAAUUAAAGAUAUUACAUGGAAAAUCAAAAGAUAACCUCCCUCAGAUCUUAAUACACCAACUAAAAAUAAUUUGCUACUAACAAUCACCUCUAAAAAGUUGUUAACAGACACAAAAACAUAUAAAAAAUCACACAUCAUAGUUACUGCUCUAAAAAAUUAAAAAUUAAAGUAUUAUAAAGAGACUUUAGAAAAUGUUGAUACACUUAAUAGUUUUGUUGGUAAGUACCACCUGUAGUAAGGUUGAUUCAAUUAGUUUUCAUUAGAUUUUUUUAGUCUAUUGUUUUUAUGUGAAUCUAUAUAUGACAUAUAUACUGUUUCUAUACUAAUUUACAAUUUAAAAAAAUAUUAUAUUUGAGUCCAGGAUUUCGAAAUUUUGUCAAUUUACCUAAAUAUAAAAUAAAACAAUUAUGAUCUAGCAUAAUCAAUAAUUUAAUAACCAGAUCAAUAUAGGUAAUAUAUAUUUUAGUAUAAGAUUAAUGUUAGUGGUAUCAUGAGUGUUGAUUGUAUACCUACAUUUUUAUCAUACUAACAUACAUAUAAUUUUUUUUUUUAUUUUCAUAAAACUUAAAUAUUUUAGUCAACAGUGGAUACUGGAUAAACAAGAUCUAAUCAGAGAACGCCAAUUGGACUUACAAGUAUUAAGUGAAGAGGAAUAUCAAAAAAUAGGAAUAUUUUUUUCUAAUUGUAAGUUUAACUUGAAUUAAUUAAAUACUUAUAAGAUCUAUUGAUCAUAAAAAAGUGUGAUUAUAAAAUUUGUUAACAAAUCCAAUUAGUUAAUCAUAUAACUAUUAUUUUCGUUUUUCCAGUUAUACAAAUUUUGGGUGAACAGCUGAAGCUUAAACAACAAGUGAUUGCUACAGCCACUGUGUAUUUUAAACGGUUUUAUGCCAGAAACUCUCUAAAAAGUAUAGAUCCAUUAUUAUUAUCACCGACUUGUGUAUUUCUAGCAUCAAAAGUUGAAGAAUUUGGUGUAAUAUCCAAUAGUCGUUUAAUAUCUACUUGUCAAACUGUUUGUAAGUUAAUAUUAAGAGGCUUAGUACUGGUAUUACAAAUGUUCACCACUUUUGUAAAAUUAGAACAUUAUUUUUGAUAUUUUAAUGUUUCUUACCUAUUAAGGGGGAAAAGGGAUAUGACUAUUUUUAUGGAUAAAAAUUAGUUCAGGGGAUUAAAGAUAACUCCUCAACAUUAUAUGAUACCUAUAAUCUUUAUUAAAUUGAUAAACAACAUUCUACAAACUUUUAUUUUUCAUUUGGUAUUAACUACUGAUAUACUAGGUUAUCAAAUUCUUUCAAAAUUGUGUAAUGAGUUUUAAAUCAAAUGAUUAAAAUAUAUUUAAUAUACUACACAGAGUGGGCUAUCCUAACUUGUUUUAGAUUCUGAGUGUAGAAUGUAUUGGUUUUACAAAGAUGUUUAUUUUUUUAAUUUAAUUUAAAUAAUGCUUUUAAGUAUACAUUUUUUUUUAGUUAUUAAUGGUCACUGUUGCAUUUAUGCAAUAUGAUUUAAAAUUAAAAGUUCUAAAAGAUAAAUUUAGAAUUUUAAUUUAUAGAAAUAAAAAAUAAAUAUUUAGCGUUAAUUAUUUUAUUUAGGUUAACUUUUUAUUUUUAUUUUUUCAGUGAAAAAUAAAUUGAACUAUGCAUAUACUCAAGAAUUCCCUUAUCGCACAAAUCAUAUAUUAGAAUGUGAAUUUUACUUAUUAGAAAAUUUAGAUUGCUGUUUAAUUGUAUUUCAACCAUAUCGUCCCUUACUACAACUUGUUCAAGAUAUUGGACAGCAUGAAGACCAACUACUUGCAUUGGCAUGGAGAGUUGUCAAUGAUAGCUUAAGAACUGACUUAUCACUUUUAUAUCCGCCGUAUCAAAUAGCUAUUGGUAAAUAUAUAUAUUUUUUUGUUAUAUUAUUUAACAUUUUUUAAGAAUUUAAACAAAAUUUAGGUUGUUUACAAAUCGCCUGUGUUAUUAUGCAAAAGGAUCUCAAAUCGUGGUUCGCUGAACUCAAUGUAGACAUAGACAAAAUUCAAGAAAUAUCCAGAUACAUCAUUAGUUUAUUUGAACUUUGGAAAUCAUACGAUGAAAAAAAAGAUAUACAAGGCCUAUUAAAUAAAAUGCCUAAAUUUAAAUUACAACCUUCUCGAUAAUUUAUGUAUUAAAAGAAAAAAUAUUUAUUAGUUACUAUAAUUUUAAGUAUAAAACCUAAACAAAAUUAAUAUCAUUAUCAAAUAAUAUGAUAAGAUUGUAAGUUAGUUAAUUUGGAAAAUGAAUGGGCUAGACAAUCCAAUGAAGGCACAGUAUUUCAAUGUUUAAAUUUCCAUAGUUUCAUACAUGUUUUAUUAAACAAACCCAAAUUGAACUUUUUUUAUUCACAUAUUGAAUCACUAAAUUUCAAAUAUUUUUAGCGCAAUAUAAAAGUAUAAUAUAAUGUUAUUAUUAAUUUUUUUUGUAAUUAAAUUUUAGUAUAUUUUUAAUUUUGAUAUUAUAAUAUAUUAGAUUAUAGUCUAAUGAUGAAUGUCACUACUUUAGGCAUACUCUUCAUUGGAAAACCGAUUGUUAUUAUUUACACAUUGAUCAGGCUUAUGUAAUGUUCUAGCUAUGUAAUUAAACUUAUUGCACAUUUUAAUAUUUGAUUUAUUAUAAUAUUAAAUAAUUUUUAAUAAUAAUAUAAUUAUUAAUACAUUUUUUUAUAGCACAACCUAAUAAAUUGUAUUAUAGAAUAAGUAAGAUUUAUCUGAAUGUUAUUUUACUUUAACUAUGUACUUCUUUUAUAUAACUUUACAUUUAUUAAAAUAAAAAAUAUCAUUACCAAUAUUUUCAUGAACAGUAGACCUAGAGAUAUAAAUGUAUAACAUAGAUUAUAGUUAUAUAUAACUAUAUAACUUUAUUUAAUAUUUUCUAUAUUUUAUUGUGUAUGUGUAAUUCUUCUAAAAUUGAAUUUAUGUAAAUUUUAUUUUGGGUAUUUAAUAUUUCCAAGUCUGUAGUAAUAUCAAAACUUAUAUUAUGAUUGUUUUCUAAAACAUGUUUAGCGAGAUUUGAAUUAAGAACAGUCUUUAGUUUUAUUUUAAAAAAUAUGUUCUUUAUAUCUUAUUUUAAAAUUACUAUUUAUCCUGAGUAUAUAAAAAUUUAUUACAGUUACAUUUAAGUUUAUAUAUGCCAGCAUUUUCAAAAGGGGGAUUUUUUGUGGAGUUUUUAGUUCUAUUGUUUACAUGUUUGAUUAACUUAUUAGUCUUAAAAACAAUUUUUACAUUUUUUGUAUUGUUCAGAAUUUUAGUGAAUUUUUCAGUCAUAUUAUUUUGAUAUUUCAUACUACAAUAGUUAACAAUAUUAUUUGGUGAGUUGUGUAUUAUAUUUUCUUUAAUACGUUAAUAAAUUUUUUUAAUAGUAUUUAAAUUGAAAUUAUUUCUAUGGAUUAUAUUAUAGAUAGUAUUGAGUUCAUAUUGAUAAUUAUGUUUAUUUAAUG